AUGACGUUUGAGGGUGAACCUCUCGACAUCCCGUGCAGACCAACCCACCCAAAUGUCACCGUUUCACUCUACCGAGAAACGCUAAUGCCAAAUGAUGAACUGAAAUGGAACUUGAUUGAAUUGUCACGUGACUUGGGAAAUGCCAGUUGGUUGCUGAAACCUUUACCAGAACGUGGACUGAGGUUAACCAAUAUGACGCUAAGUGACAUAGGAAAAUACAAGUGUGUGGGCACCGAGUCGGUACGACCUGCUGGACCCACCACAAUCCAUUUCAGGAUUUCCAUCAACGGAAUGGAAGUCGUUAGGGUUGGAGAUCCAAUCGAAGGCAAAAAUGUGACACUCAUCUGUAAAACCGUCUGCGGAAGUGAUCGCAAUACGGUGGAAUUUUGGAAAGCCGAUUGGUUUUACUUCAAAAGUGAAACCGGCCAAAAACAAUUUCUCAAUGAAAAUGACCCUCCUAAAGGAAUUCAAGUGGAAAAUUAUUUCAAGUUGGAAAAGGGAGAAUUCCGUAUUUCAUCAGACGAGCCUGUCAAAGAAAGAUUUCGGUACCGUUUGCAAGAAGAAAGAUUUCGGUACCGUUUGCACGAAAGUCACUUGCGUCUGCUAAGAAUUGGCUUCAAUACGCCCACGCACUUUGAAUGCAGAGCCAAUGCCAGUGGACGGAUCAUUUCUAAAUCCAUUUCUUUAACAGAUCAAGAAAGUGACGCCAAUUGGCUAGUGAUGAUUCCCCAUCACCAACCACACAUCGAACAAGUAGGUAACCACCUAACCUUAACUUGCAUCUACCAGUUCAACAGCGACAUAGAGAAAAUGUCACCCAACAUUAGGUGGAUACUGCCCCCAUACCAAAAAGAACUGACAGAUCGUUUAGAUUACAAAGUCGAGAGGAAUACAACUAACUUGACAUCGACGAUGACAUUGAAAUGGACCAGACCCACCGACACGGGAUAUUAUCGAUGCGUUGUACGCCCCGAAAUCCAAAUCGACCACUACGUUUACAUUUACGCUGACAUCAACCGAAUUUUCAUGCACGGGGAAAACAUGACUCGCAAGUUAGGUCGUCUCGAAUUUGACACAUAUACGACGUUCGCAGGUGAACCUCUUGACAUCCCGUGCAGACCAACCCACCCACAUGUCACCAUUUCACUCUACCGUGAAACGCUUAUGCCAAACAAUAAACUGAAAUGGAACUUGAUGGAACUGUCAAAUGAAAUGGGAAAUGCCAGUUGGUUGCUGAAACCUUUGCCAGAACGAGGACUGAUGUUAACGAAUGCGACACUAAGCGACACAGGAAUAUACAAGUGUGUAGGCACCAUGAACGCCAGACCCAUCGACAACGAAGACGAAGACGAAGACGAAGACUAUGACGAUGACGAUGACGGUUCCGGUUCCGGUCCCGACGAACCUACGAUCACUGCUCUAGAGAACGAAAUCCAAUUCUACGUUUUCGUCAACGGUAUGGACGCUGAUCGAAUGGAAAUCGUUAGGGUUGGGAAACCAAUCGAAGGUAACAACGUGACACUCAUCUGUAAAACUGCCUACCGAAGUGAUCGCGAUCAGGUGAAAUUUUGGAAACACGAUUGGUUUUACUUCAACAAGGACACUGGCAAAAAACAAUUGAUCAAUCGAACUAACCUUCGUAAAGGAUUUCUACUAGAGAAUAAACGGUUCCCUAUGAUAUCAGGCAACUCUCUCGAUAGAAGCUUACCGUACGGUUUGUACGAAAGUCGCUUGCAUCUGCUAAGAAUUGGCUUCAAUACCCACACGCACUUUCAAUGCAGUGUCAAUAUCCCUAGUCGAAUCAUUUCUCAAUCCAUUUCUUUUACCGUUCAAGAAAACAGCGAUCUAGUGGAUGUCAAAUUGGGAAGAGGAAUAGCUCAAAAUUUGACUUGCAAUCGCUUGAGUGAAGACGUCCACAUCCAAUGGUUCAAGGAUGACGAGGAAUAUAAGGGAUUAAUCUAUACGAACGAUACUUCAUCAGUUUUACCACUAAACGGACGUGAUGGACAAAACGGGCGUUAUUCUUGUCGCUGGAACAACAGCCUAGGGGAAAAAAGAUUUCGAAAUUUCACUUUUCCUGACGAACCUAAAUCUAAGACUAUUUUCAUUGCUGUCUGCGUAUCUGUUGUGACGUUAAUUAUAAUUGGAAUUGCAAUCAAACAAUACGUGGACAAGAAAAAACUAGAAAAAGAAAUUCACGAACGAUUACAUGGAAAUCCUGAUGGAAUCGAUCCAAAUUUGCCAAUCGACUAUCAAACUGAAUUUCUACCUUACGACAAACGCUGUGAAUUUCCAAAAAAACGCCUCAGACUCGGAAAACAACUGGGAAAAGGAUGUUUCGGAGAAGUUUACAAAGCAGAAGCUGUUGGACUCAAAGGUUCGGAGGAAACUGUGACAACAGUGGCCGUCAAAAAGGUCCUAUCGACAUCGCAAUUUCAAAUGAAAUCACAGACGGCCGCAUUAGACGCUUUGAUUAAAGAGUUGAAAAUUCUCAAUUAUUUGGGGUCGCAUUUAAAUGUCGUCAAUUUACUGGGGGCCUGCACCACAGACAUCAUCAAAGGCGAACUCUUGUUAAUUAUCGAUUAUUGCCGCUCUGGCAAUUUGCAAUCCUAUUUGAUUCAAAAACGGAAUGCGUUUGUCAACCAAUUGGAUGAGUUUGGUGACCUUCAACUGUCAAAUGAUUUCAUGAUUGCCACUCAAGAAACGGAAGCCAAUUGGAAAUACGGGGAAAAUUUAGACGCUAUUACCAAUGCAAUCCUUUCAACUUGGAAUUUAAUCAGCUUUUCUUUACAAAUCGCCAAGGGGAUGGAAUUCAUUGCGAGCAAAAAGGUACUCCAUGGCGAUUUGGCGGCUCGCAAUGUCCUUUUAGCCGAUCAUGGAAUUGUCAAAAUUGCAGAUUUUGGAAUGGCCAGACAAAUGAAAAAUUACGUUUACGAAAUGAAAGGACAGGGAUUACUGCCAAUUAAAUGGAUGGCUAUUGAAUCGCUGACGGAUCAAUUAUUUUCCAGUCAAUCCGAUGUCUGGUCUUACGGCAUUGUUCUAUGGGAAAUCUUUGCCCUGGGCAAAAUUCCUUACCCAGGUAUGAACGGCCUUAUACUCGUCAAAAAUAUUCAAGAAGGACUUCGAAUGGAGAAACCAGAUUAUGCGCCAAAUUUCUUUGGAGAAAUGAUGAAAAAUUGUUGGAACAAAGAACCAAACGAACGACCAACGUUUCAACAGCUGGCCAACACGAUCGAGAAUUACAUGGAGCCAUUCGUUACCUCUGGCUACUUGGAUACAACUUUGAUGGAAAAUGAUGCCAACUAAGACUUUGGUGACUCUUCCCUCGGAAUGAUUUGCAAUGAAAUUUCAAGGACAAAAAAAAACAAUUUCUAUUUAGACCACCCCCUCUUCUUUACAGAAACGUUUAACGAUUGUUGGCGAAGAAGAAACAAAAGAAUGAGCACGUUGCUCAACUAGUGUUUGCACACACAAAAAAAACAAUUCACUUUCAAUUGGGAAAUAAUCUUUUAC